AUGGCGAACGUGACGGAUCUGCAGAUCAUUAUUGUUGGUUUGUGUGUGUUUGCGCAGAAUAAAGGUGACUCUCCAUCUCAGGUCAGCCUGCAGACACAGAGCGUGUUUGAUGAAGACCUGCAGAAGAAGAUCCAGGAGAACGAGCGGCUUCACAUCCAGUUUUAUGAAGCGGAUGAGCAGUACCGUCGUCAGGAGGCUCAGCUGAGAGCACGGCUAGAUCAGCUGGAGAAAGAGUCUGAGCAGCAUCAGGCCGUUGUCAACGCUCUCAACCGCAAAUACACAGACGCCAUCGAGAAACUGCAGAACGACAAAGCCCUUCUGGAGGUAAAGGCUCAGACGCUGGAAAGAGAAGCCAAGGACUGUCGAAUCAGAACUGAAGAGUGCUUUGAUCAAGUGGUAUUUAGCAGAUGUGGCAUAGAUCAUACAAGACUGACUCGGGCAUUUUUGCUGAAAGGUGAAGACCCUACUCAAAGCAUGUUCUGCAAGAUUCCCCUUCUGUCAAACAUAUUUUAUUGGACUUUUGUUUGCUGUGUUGUGUUUCCUGCAGAGCUGAGUGACUACAACAGUCUGAACGUUCCUCUGCACAACAGAAGGCAUCAGCUGAAGGCUCGUGACGUGGCGGCUCAGGCUCUAGGGUUUGUGCAGAGUCUGGUCUCGGCUCUGCUGAACUUUCACUCCUACACGGAGCAGAGAGUCCACAUCUAUCCGCUGGACUCAUCCAUCGAGGCCAUCUCACCCGUCAACCUGAAGUUCUCUCAGUAUCUGCAUGAGAAUGCCUCGUACCUGCGUCCGCUAGUGGAGGAUCUGCUGCAGCUGCAUCAUAGCAUCACAGAGGACAGCAUCACCGCUCUGGUAAACAAGAUCUGGGCAUGA